UAAUCAUAAUGUAUUUCUGCGUUUGACACUAAUCUCCAUAGAAAUAAUUUUUCCCAGAACGCACUUCGGAAUCGACUGUGGAAAGUAUUGUAAAAAUUGUUUUCAACGUAUAAUAAUGAAUGAAUAUCCAUUUGAAACGAAAAAUAAUACGAUAAUUUUAACCUUUUCUAAUAAAGAACUACAUCUCCCAUGAUGCUUAUCGGCAAAACGGCAAUGAUUCCAAUUCAUCGUGAACGGGAGUUGAUAAUUUGGGUUGGUUUGUAUUGAAGUGGAAACAUGUUACGGCUUGUUUGAGCAGGAGACAGUCUUUCCGAUCUGGCAACUCUGGUUACCCGGGCGGCUGCGUACAGCAGACUUCCUCGCUGUCACUGUUUUUUCCUGACCGCGACGCGGUAAACAUUAGUAACAGACUUCCACAGUGGACCCCGGGUGCCAUGGUGAAAGCGACAAAUAGACCUGCUUCCCUACAGCCCAAGUGCAUAUUAGUAACGGCACGGGCAGCCUUCACUGCCUGCAGCCUCCACCUCUCCCCUUUGGCUUCCGCUUGAGAGUUCUACACCUGGCUGACCUCACAGUGACUGACAAGCGAGAACAAAAUGGUGGAUGUCACAAAAUGGCCACUUUUCAGUCUAAUGGCACCCCAGGAGCUGGCCUGCAUAUGGAAAGCAUGUGUGUUCGGAGCUGCCGCCAACGAGGCCAUAUACAUAACAAGUGAUGACGAGGUGUACGUAUUUGGCCUGAACUGCAGCAACUGCCUGGGCACCGGAGACAACCAAAGCACCAUCGUACCCAAGAAGCUGGACUUCCUGAGCGGCAAGAAGGUGAUCAGCAUGAGCUACGGCAGCGGCCCGCACAUACUGCUGGCCACCGAAGGCGGCGAACUUUUCGCAUGGGGGCACAAUGUUUACUGCCAGUUGGGAAACGGGACCACAAACCAAGGGCUUUUGCCGGUGCUCGUGUCGACCAAUCUGCUCAACAGGAAGGUGACCGAGGUGGCCUGUGGCUCACAUCACUCUAUGGCACUCACUGAAUUUGGAGAGGUGUUCGCAUGGGGUUACAACAACUGCGGACAGGUGGGUUCCGGUUCCACGGCCACUCAGCCUCACCCGCGUCGCGUUUCCAGUUGCCUUCAGAACAAGCUGGUGGUCACCAUCGUCUGUGGGCAGACCUCAUCCAUGGCGGUGGUGGACAACGGCGAGGUUUACGGUUGGGGCUACAACGGGAACGGACAGCUGGGAGUGGGGAAUAACAGCAACCAGCUGACUCCCAAUCGACUCACGGGUUUGCAGGGUUUAUGUGUCCAACAGAUUGUGUGCGGUUACGCGCAUUCAUUGGCGCUGACGGAUGAAGGCGACCUGUACGCGUGGGGCGCCAACACGUACGGGCAACUGGGCACGGGAAACAAAAGCAACCAACUGAGUCCCGUUCAGAUUAUGGGCGAGAAAGGAAGAAUAGUGGAGGUGGCCGCCUGUCACUCCACGCAUACUUCAGCCGCCAAGACGCAGAGCGGCCAGGUGUACAUGUGGGGCCAGUGCAGGGGACAGUCUGUCACGCUGCCCUACCUCACGCACUUUACCUGCACGGACGACGUCUUCGCCUGCUUUGCCACGCCCUCCGUCAUGUGGAGGCUUCUGUCCGUAGAGUUGGAUGACUUUCUGACGGUGGCGCAGUCUCUCAAGAAGGAGUUUGACAACCCGGAAACGGCCGACCUCAAGUUCUGCGUGGAUGGCAAAUACAUCUACGUCCACAAAGCAGUUCUAAAAAUCAGGUGCGAACACUUCCGCUCCAUGUUCCAGUCGCACUGGAACGAAGACACGAAGGACGUGAUCGAAAUCGACCAGUUCUCCUUCCCGGUUUAUCGCUCCUUUCUGGAGUUCCUCUACACCGACAACGUGGAGCUGCCGCCCGAGGACGCCAUCGGCCUUCUGGACCUGGCGACGUCCUACUGCGAGAACCGCCUGAAGCGUCUGUGCCAGCACAUCAUCAAGAGCGGCAUCACGGUGGAGAACGCCUUCACGCUCUUGGCGGCGGCCGUGCGAUACGACGCGGAGGAUCUGGAGGACUUCUGCUUUAAGUUUUGCGUCAACCACUUGACACAAGUGACCCAGACGGACGCCUUCGUCCAAAUCGACGGCGACUUGUUGAAGGACUUCAUAUGUCGAGCCAGUCGCUGCGGAGCCUUCAAGAAUUGACUGAGCAGUACUUUCACGGGCAUUUUUUUUUCCUUUCUAUUGCUUGCAUUAUUGAACUGACCAUGUUAUUAUAUGCACUUUUCCUACUUCCUUUUGGCUUAAGACGACCGUUUGCACUUUUGGAAGGAGCCGAAUGUCUUCUUACUUAGCACUUAUGAGCAGAGGUAGGUUGUGUAAUAUUGAGCACUGACAGCAUAACAUUGGAUUUCAUAAAUAAUAUUUAAAUGGACUUGUCAAGAAAAGCACCUCAGGUUACAAGACACAUUCAGUUUAUUAAAAGAGAAAUACCAGUACAGAAUUUCUUUUCUGAACAGUCGCUAUGUACAACAAAUGUCAGAGUUUGACUGGAAUGACACCUCCAUAUCCAAAUGAACACUCAACUGAAAGUAGUUGGGUUUUCCUGUAUAAUUCCCCUAUUUGUAAUUUUUAUAGUAGUGUAUAAUAGAACAAAUUAUUUCCAUCAAUAAACAUGAUUUGAAUUGAAAUUUUGCAGAAUUCAAGCACUAUUUGAGAAGGACUAGGAAUAUACGGUGGCUGAGAAGUUCAGGUGACCUGCAAAGUCCAAACUUAUCGCAAAAAGAAAAGCACGAAAGCAAAUAGCCACAAUUGCGCUCGUCAUGCUUAAAAACGUGUCUCUGGCGCAUUUGUCUUGGUUUUAGUCUCCAUAGUUUGUCACAUGUUCACAGUGUGCUAGAGAUGAAACGAUUACUAGAAUAAUUCGAGUAACUCAAUUUAAAAAAUUGAACAGGGAAUCGUUUAAUUUCUGCAGCUCUAAGCAUGAUGUUUUGCCUGGACUUUUCAUGCGGCACAACACGCUGAUGUCACAUGCUUAUUUAUGAAAUGCUUGAGUGAAAUUUUUUUUUUUUGUUAAAAACCCGAUCCUUUUCACCUGAGUCCGAUCCUCUGAAAAAUGGCACUACCCCUAGUCCCAAUCCCUAGUUUAAAUAGCGGCCGGUCAUUUUAAAAUAAUUAUGCUGAUACCGAUGUAAAGUGGGGCAAAUAAGUAUUUAGUCAACCACCAAUUGUGCAAGUUCUCCUACUCAAAAAGAUUACCCAUGUUGACAUUUACAGGCCUCGCUAAACCUCAACCAUGAGAGACAGAAUGUGGGGAGAAAAAAACAGAAAAUCACAUUAUUUGAUUUUAAAAAUUUAUUUUCAAAUUAGAGUGGAAAAUAAGUAUCUGGUCACCGACAAACAAGAUUUCUGGCUGUCAAAGAGAUCUAACUUCUAACGAGGCUCCACUCGUUACCUGUAUUAAUGGCACCUGUUUUAACUCAUUAUCGGUAUAAAAGACAUGUCCACAACCUCGGUUAGUCACACUCCAAACUCCACUAUGGCCGAGAACAAAUAGCUGUCGAAGUACACCACAGACAAAAUUGUGGACCUGCACCAGGCUGGGAAGACUGAAUCUGCAAUAGGUAAUAUGAUUGGUGUAAAGAAAUCAACUGUGGGAGCAAUUAUUAGAAAAUGGAAGACAUACACCACCACCGAAAAUCUCCCUCGAUCUGGGGCUCCAUGCAAGAUUUCACCCCGUGGCGUCAAAAUGAUAAGAAUGGUGAGCAAAAAUUCCUGAACCACACGGGGGUACCUAGUGAAUGACCUACAGAGAGCUGGGACCACAGUAACAAAGGCUACUAUCAGUAACACAAUGCGCCGGCAGGGACUCAAAUCCUGCACUGCCAGACGUGUCUCCCUGCUGAAGAAAGUACACGUCCAGGCCCGUCUGCGGUUCGCUAGAGAGCAUUCGGAUGAUCCAGAAGAGGACUGGGAGAAUAUUAUUGUCAGAUGAAACCAAAAUAGAACUUUUUGGUAGAAACACAGGUUCUCGUAUUUGGAGGAAAAAGAAUACUGAAUUGCACUAUACCCACUUUGAAGCAUGGGGGUGGAUACAUCAUGCGUUGGGGCUGUUUUUCUGCGAAGGGAGCAGGAUGACUGAUCUUUGUAAAGGAAAGAAUGAUUGGGGCCAUGUAUCGAGAGUUUGAGUGAAAAUCUCCUUCCAUCAGCGAGGGCAUUGAAGAUGAGACGUGGCUGGGUCUUUCAGCAUGUCAAUGAUCCCAAACACACAGCCAGGGCAACAAAGGAGUGGCUUCGUAAGAAGCAUUUCAAGGUCCUGGAGUGGCCUAGCCAGUCUCCAGAUCUCAACCCCAUAGAAAAUCUGCGGAGGGAAUUGAAAGUUCGCAUUGCCCAACGACAGCCCCAAAACAUCACUGCUCUAGAGGAGAUCUGCAUGGAGGAAUGGGCCAAAAUACCAGCAACAAUGUGCUAAAAGCUUGUGAAGAGUUACAGAAAACGUUUGGCCUCAGUUAUUGCCAACAAAGGGCACAUAACAAAGUAUUGAGAUGAACUUUUGGUUUUGACCAAAUACUUAUUUUCCACCAUGAUUUCCAAAUAAAUUCUUUAAAAAUCAAACAAUGUGAUUUACGGCCCCCCCCCCCCCCACACACACAUUCUGUCUGGGUUUACCCAUGUUGACAAUUACAGGCCUAAUAUUUUCAAGUGGGAGAACUUGCACAAUUAGUGGUUGACUAAAUACUUAUUUUCCCCACUGUAUGUCAAAUUUCCAAAUAUCGGCCUAUCCCUACUAACAAAAGUCAAUCUAACUCUAAUACUUUGCAGCAGUUAACUCCCUUUCUCUUGUUCUAAUCACUGGUGCAUGCCAGCUGCGUUCCAAAAAAUUAUUAGAUGCGAAAUUCGACACGUGACAAUUAGACUACGAUUCAUAAAUGUUCAAAAAUGAUAGAUUUCCGCUAACUUUAUACCAGCCGCUAGUAGCGGAACGAAAUUCAAAACAUGUCUGCCGCCUGGACAACUUUAACGGACGCACGCCAACGUUAUGAUGGUUGCAGCUCUGAAGUUACUGAGCGAGAUUUACUCCUGUUCAAAAGACUCAAAAACAAAUUUGUGUAUGAGACAGGCAGGGGCCCGGCGGUCACGCUCUGGGUCCUCUUCUGUGCGCAAUUUGUUUUUUUUUUAAGCGAGAGGGGAAGAUCAUUUGUUGCUCCUCGUCUUUCAGUUGUCCAGCAGUAGGUUCAAGUCGUGUUAAUUGAAAAAGUCUCUCGUGUUUUGUUAAGUCCCGUGUGCGUCUAUCAGAGGUGAGUACACCAACCCUCUUGUACUGUUGUUUUUCAGAUGUUAGUAGUUAGCGCAGAGCGCUAUGCUAAAUAGCGACUUCACUAACAUGUAUUUCAAUGUCAAUUGUUUGGUGGUGUACAAAAGUUACUCCAGAUGCAGAAUGUAUAAAACCAGGAUUAAGCGGUAACACUACAAACAUGCCACAUAGUACCGAAAUCUGUGAAAACAAAGUACAUUGGUUAAAAGUCUUAUUUCUAAAGACUUUUCCAGAAAAUGUGGAAUUCAUUCCACCAGUGUAAAUUUAAGUAUGUAAAAGUCCAAGAGUUUUAAGAGGAUGCUCGCUGUUAGCGUUAGCCUAAUGCUAGCCUAACGCUACAAGUUACAUUUACACGUGACGUGAUUGUGUUGUGGAACUUGUGGUUAUGUCCCACACGGUUGUUGAUGCGCUUGCAUUUGUGCUUUUUUUUUUUCCCCCACAAAGUGUUCGGACUUUUUAGUUCGCCUGACACUUCUCAGCCACCGUAGGAAUAUGGCAAACAACACAAAUUGACUCAGCACCACCAAUAAGGCAAUUUAGGUGGGGGGGGGGGGGGGGGG